AUGAAGUUCUUCAUCGAUGCUUUCUUCAGACAUCGAUGGUACAGUGGGAAUCACAAACGUGAUGGUCCCUCACUACUUCAGGCGUGGAACGCCUACAUCCAUAAUCUCGAGGAUGUAGGUCGUGACGCUUGGAACGACAAACUUAUCAAAGCUCGUGAUAAGUUUGAAAAGCGAACCCCGACAGGUGCACGCUACAAGCUGCAUCGUCUGUCAAGGGAGAAAGGAUUACCCUGCCUCUCUUGGGGAGACUCGUGCCCAUGUUGUGUGAACAACUCUGCACGAGCACCUAAGGAGGCUUACCUCCUUACCAGCCCGUGGUGGCGCGUACGUGUCUCUACUGAGAUGUACGAAGGGAUUGACAACCUGAAAUCCCUUUACGACCGUGCCGGGAAGACUUUCUCCGGCGGUCCUUCUGCGGCACAGGAUGUGUCGCGUCGUACUGCUCGACCAGACCCAGUACGUCAACCAUCAGUGGGAGCGGGGCUCCCAAGAAUCCCAGGACGGGGGAUAGCCGCGCCACCGGACGAGGGUAACUCGUCCGACGUCCGUUCACGUCGCGGUGGUUCAACAGCUGCUCUACUAGAUGGCGCUGGCCACCGCGAGAGUCCUCUAAUGGAGGUGGAGGAGGAGGAAAGACGCUCUCCACACGAUCAUGUGGAUCGGUGUGUUCCCGAGAGCUUCUUUGAUCGCGUAACGCAAGGGUUACGCGACGAUCUCGAGCAUGAGCGGAAUAGGCGUCUCCAGAUGGUGGACACUGCCUCGAAGCAUCGAGCUGAGUUUGCCUUUGCUCAGCUUGAGAACGAGAGAUCUCUGACAUCUCUUCGUGACGAGCUAAGGGUAGCUCGUGGGAUUGUUGAUCGGUCUCGGGCUGAGAUAACUGCUCUUCAGACCCUUGUUGAUGCCCACCAUCAGGAGCACAAGGCUCUCUGCGAGAUGCUUGAGCGCAAGGGCGUUCUUCAUCGGAAGAAGCAGCGUACUGAUGGUACGGCUUAA